AUGAAGGCAUUGCGGCAGCGAGUUCUUCGGGCUGUGGUUGCUGAUGUUACAGGAUAUCGGCCGUCCUGCGGCAGACGGGGGCUGCCCCACACGGCAAUGGUGACGCUGGAGAGACAGUCCCGUCUCCUGCCGAGGCGGCUGUUUUCCAGCGACACAGCGAAAGAGGACAAGGCGAACGACGCCGAAGCUCCUCCAAGCGACAAGGACGAGACAGCCCAGGAGCCGGCAGAAGCAGAGGCUCCAGAGGCGCCGUCAGCGGUUUUGGAGAAGGAACUAGCAGCUUUGCAGGAGACUGUUCGUGCGAGAAAGCACGAGCUGCUCUUGUCACUCGCCGACUUUGAGAACAACAAGAAGCGGUUCUCCAAAGAGCGUGAGGACAGGCGAAAAAGUUCGAUGGCAAAUUUUGCCACCGAAAUGAUCAAGGUCUACGGCCAGUUCGAUGCUUUUGCUGCUGAGAAGCACACAGGUGCGGUGCAGGGCCUCCACCAGGGUGUUGCACUUACUCGAGACCUGUACAAGGCCUCCUUCGAAAGAUUUGGUGUUCGGAACAUCCAGGUAGAAAUUGGAGAGCCGUACGUGGCUGCUCGUCACGAAAACGUCGGCACAGUCGAAAGUACGGAGUUGCCGAUGAACGCUGUGGGUGAGAUCGUCCGACCAGGUUGGGUCUUGGAGCCAGACAGCCCCAAACCCGUGGUCCUCCAGAAGGUGGAGGUUCAUGUUUCCACGCAAGGACCGAAGGUGCCGGCUUCCUGA